AUGGUAUCUUCUUCUUGUUCCCCCAUUGUAUGCUGCACCAGCAGUAAGGAACCCAAGACCCGAGAUGAAUGUAUGUGUGGAUUCGGAUACCUCAAUGGAGGACUCCAAGUUGCCGCUGCUCAAUGCUUUUUGAUAUUGGGAAGUUUCUUUUCCAUUGCUUCCCUCGGUGAUUGUGCCUUUGUCAAGAUUGACGAAGACCUGAGAUUUGUUCUGGGUCCUACCAAAACCAGCAACACUUUUGGCUACUUGACCUUUGAGGAUGCCUUUGAUGGCCGGUGUUAUUGGUACGACGAUGCUGGUGCAACCUCCCAAACGCAAUUGAAGGAGUACUGGGACUUUUUGGGAAACGGCUUUAAUUUGACGCGCAUCUUUGCCAUGAUUGGUGCAGCCGGGGGCUGGUUGCAAUUUUUUUAUUCCACAACCUUCUGCUGCUCCUCUCAGACCCGAAGACUUCGGUAUUUGCAAUUCUUUUUGGUGUCGGUUGUCCUGACAGUCUUUCAAGGAUUGACACUGCUGAUUUUCAGUAGUGAGUUUUGCGAGGAAUACACCUGUACGUUUGGCCGAUCGGCUGGAUUUUCGGGAGCAUCGUGUGCCUGCUAUUUCAUGGCUGGUGCCAUGUACCUUACCAUGUCCGAUUACCCUGGAGAUGAAUUUGCGGGACGCUCCAAUGGUACCACUGGAGUCCAUUCCGAUUCCCAACCAGAUGGAUUCAUGGACGAGAUGAGCGCUGCCAGCUCACUCGAAGGCGACGAUGACGCUACCAGUGCAUCCUAUAGUGACGGUGAAGAUCAAGAUGCAACACCGCCCACCAGCAAUGCCAAGAAUGUGGCUGGGGAUAUUGAAGCACCCUUGCCAACAGUCAUUGAAGGUGGUUCUAUAUCAGGUGAUGAUAUUUCGACACCAAGUGUGACAUCCGUCUACGCUGAAGAUGAAGCUUCGGCUACUCCUAGCAAUGAAGGAUCCACAUUGGGACCACCUCCAACCGAUGAGGAUGACGGCAAGAAAGAGAAGGUUUCCAACGAGGAUCCACUCUCAGGCGCCUUCACUGAUUCUAGUGCCACUACUGAACCAGCUACUGCUACUGUUGAAGAGGAGCUUGUCGACGAGACUGGCGGUACCAUCGAAGAGGAAGUAGUCUUUGUUCAGGAUGGAGAGACAGAAGAAUACAUUGAAGAAGAGCAAAUGGAAGAAUAUAUUGAAGAGGUCGUCGAAGAAAGUGAAACCAUGGAAGAGGAAUACGUCGAGGAAGAACUCAACGGAGGAUUGCCUACUGUGAUGGAAGGCGAUACUGAAAGAAGUGACUCUGCAUCCGAGGCACCAUUGUCACCAGUGCCACCAAAGCCACAAUCUCCAAAUGCACCAUCGCUUGGUGCCCCCCAAGCACCUGCUGAAUCUCCCAUUGGUAAGGAACGCAGACUUCCUCAAACAGCGGAGGAAGUUGCUGAUGAUGCCAGUGACGAUCCAAUAUUUGAAUAG